AUGUCAUCGCAUCAAGUCCUCAAUAUCGGCCUUAUUCUUUUUCCAGGUUAUCAAUGGCUUGACGCGGCAGGCUGCAUUGACUACCUUUUCAAUCACUCUCGCGAAGCUUUGGCCCCGUAUUUUUCUCACAGCAACCCUGGAGUAGUCGCUAAAGCACCCAGCAUGAAAUGGCAUUACAUAUCUUCCGACAGAUCCCUUGUGCACGCAACGUCAGGCCCACCACAGCUUCCCACUGCAACAUAUGACGACUGCCCUGGCCUCGAUUUACUUGUCGUACCAGGUCCAGACCCCACGUUUCCCCCUCCACCGGGCUUUGUCGAAUUUAUGCAGAAGCGCUACGCAGACCCAGAGCUCAAAGCACUCCUGAUGGUGUGCACUGGAUCCAUCAUGGUCGCACACAGUGGGAUUCUGGAUGGGCGCCAAGUCUGUAGCAACAAGUUCAUUUUGAAGGAGAUGGCCACAGCGGGCACCUUGAACAGAAAGGUCAAGUGGAUUGGGGAUAGAAGGUGGAUUGUAGACGGAAAAUUGUGGAGCGCGGGAGGGGUAACAUGCGGUGUCGACCUCGCUGCGGAGUACGGCAGGGUUCAUUUCGACAAGGAAGUUGGGCAGACUGCCAUGCAUAUUUCUGAAUACAAGCCGAAUCCCGACAAGCCAGAUUUUUUCGCCUACAUCACAGUUGGCGUAGACUUGUAA